UGCAAGUGGGUGUUGUCCCCUAAACUGUCUCGUGAUCUGAAGGGCGCUGCGACGAUCCCCCAUCAUGAUGCAAUCGAAGGGAUCCUGGCUGAAGGGGAAUCUCCUUGUUUGACUGUUUUUUUUUUAUGUUUGGCAUAUGGUAUACAUUUUAGCAGGAGGAGUGCACACGCUGCAACAUGUGGAGAAUCCAAGGGCUAAUAGGCAGAGUCUCCACUGCAUUAAAUCGGUCUCAAGGAGUAAAUUCCCUUCGCAUUACACAAGGGCACCAUGUUGAGGAUGACUUGCUGAGCCCUUCAGCCUUGCUGUCUGUGGGGCUGAAGCCGGAGGACAGUUCAUCGGGCUCGGGAAAAGAAAAACAUAAGGAAAGAAAGCAGGAGAGGACAUUCCAGUAUUUUUCUGCACAGUCCCCACAUUGUUCUGCACUGGAUGCUGUUGGCUUGAGUGCUGCAGCCGCUCUUUUUCUGCACUUAGUUAGAAGAAUUCACUUCCAGUUCUCCAGUGCCAAAGAAAAAACUGAGCCCAGCGUAUUGUUUUCUUCCAAAUGUGGAUACACAAUCUUCGCAAGAAUCUUGACAGGUCAGAAAGUUCUACCUCACGCAAGAAAAGCAAAUUGCCUUCAAGGUCUGGAAAAUCAAGCCUCCAAUUCUGACAGAACACAUCACGAUGAAGACAACCACACGUCAACGCACAACAAUACCACCACCACCACCACGCAGGCUACAGUUUUACUCGACGACUUGUCAGGUGCAGAUUCUGUGUUAAGCGUCGAGUCGGUGGAAACUGAAACUUGUAAUGCCGUGGGGGAUCAAGCAGAACAAAUAAAGGGGGCUCCGGCACCAGAUGAAAAGCUGAGUGAAGCAAUAAGCAAUUUGCAACAAACCACAGAAGCAAGUAUUCCUGUUAUCUUAAACAUUAUAGGCCUAAAAAGUGCAAAUGCAGGAGACUACCAGGCUGCAUUCUCCUGUUUCCGCAUGGCUGCCAGCCAGGGUUAUAGCAAAGCACAAUUCAAUGUUGGCGUGUGUUAUGAAAAAGGAAAAGGAGCACAAAAGAACAUUGAAAAGGCUGCUUUAUAUUUUAAACAGGCUGCUGUUUCUGGACACAUCCAAGCACAGUACAGAUAUGCAAAAUAUAUUUUAAAUAGCAAACAUUCAGUGCAGGCUGAGGACGUCCAAGAAGCCAUUAGCCUGCUGAAGCAAGCAGCGGAAUCGGGUCUUAAAGAGGCCCAGGCUUAUUUGGGAGUACUGUAUGCUCAAGAGCCUCAUGUAGACGAAAGAAAAGCUGCUGGAUAUCUGAUGCUGGCUGCACAGAAAGGGGACUCACAAAGCCUUCUAAAUUUGGGCCAGUGUUACGAGAAGGGCUUUGGAGUGAAGAAAUGUAAUGCAACUGCCAUUGAACUGUACCAGCAGGCUGCAGAGGCCGGGAAUCCUCAUGCUGUGCGAAUACUAAAAGACAUCUAUCAAAAAAUAAAAGAAGAGUGUACGAUCUCUGAAGAUGUGGUUUUAAGGAAGAAUCAGUCUUCUCCUUGUUUCUCAAAUGUCACUUCGUUCUGGUUUGACACACACAGUCUCGCCACGCCUGAUCCACACCCCAGGACAAUACUGCCUCGCUCUUGGAGCACCGGACAAUUUCUGUUGUUGCCAGUGUUAUAUUCCAGGUCAAGCAACCCCCCGGUGGUCUUUGAAACAGGAAAAGUGCUUGGAAAUGCAAGGUGGCAGGUGACGGACCAGAGAGCUCAUAGCAGUUGGACAGUAGGGGGAGUUGCAUAAUUUGAAGUGGCUCCUUAUUCUUGAGUAUAUGUGAACAUGUCAGGCAUGGUUACUGAUGUUAUGAUCCUCGGGAUCCGCAGUAGUUGCAGGUUUUUGUUCCACCCAGGUCCAUAAUUAGAUGCCAGGCCUAACAGAUAGUAUUUAGUAAUAUGGCUUGUCAGUGCUUUCAUUCUUCCAAGUCAAUACUUGUAUAUUUUUGUGUUUUCAGAGAACUUUAUCCAUAUGGAUCCAUUGUGGUCCAUCUCUCUCUCUCAUUUAUUUCAAGACAUUUUAUUAACACAGACACUUCAUGAUGACAUACAAAAGUUUAAAUGGAAUCACGUUAGCCGGACAGCCGGUGGCUACUUUCUCAUUUGCACCUCAUGGUUAUCUGAUGGCUGGAUUAAACUAAAAUGGGACAUUAAGGGUUCUGAAUUAUAACAAGCAAGAUAACUUAAAUUAAGGCCCAAAAAAUCACGGGUUUUAAUUAAGAGGCUAGUUCAAGUGAAAACCUGCAGCCGCUCUGGUCCUCCAGGACCAUAACUGAGUACCCACAUUUUGUAAGUUUUAUAAACCUUGUAACGUUUUAAGCACUUAACCAUUUUAUCUGCUAUUGAGAUGCACAAAGUACAUGUCAUAGUUUCUAAAAAUGAAUUUAGAGCAGUAAACCAAGUUUCUUCUGUCAAAGACAGGUAGAUUAAUAUUUAAAUGUUGCAUGGCGUGAGCCAGAUGAAUAAUGUUUACAUAUCCAGAUUCUAUGGAAAGUUUUGUUGUGUUUUUUGUUUUUUUUAAUGUGCCUUUUAUAUCAAGUAUAAGUUUAUUAAACUCAUCCUGUCGACAUGGCUCCCUGAUCUGGAGUGGCACCCCACCUCGGCCAGGAUACGUUCUGCCCAACCGCACUUGACGCUGAGUUGGAUUAAUUGGGUUUUGACAAUGAAUGUAUGAAUGUUUGCAUCGUCGUGGUUGCAACAACUAAAGAAAUAAAAUGGCAAUUUAUUUGUGUCAGUUG